AUGAAUGGACGGAUUGCCAGACGGAUACGGAUGGUCUUGACAAUAUCCGAGCGUGGCUGGAACGAUUACAAUUUUAUUGGUGCUGGUUCUGCAGGUUGUAUAGUUGCCAACAGACUAUCUGCCGACAGUGCCAACCAUGUGUUGUUGGUGGAGGCUGGUGGAUGGCCACCAUACCGCCCAGUCUACGAAGCCCAAAACACCUACUCCUACGGCCAGAACUUUGUUAUUCAUCCAAACACAGACAUCACCAAGUACUACUACACCAAGGUCAACACAAUGCUGAAUAAUCGAACUUUGAAGAGUCCUCGUGGUCAAUGUUGUGGCGGUUCCAAUGCCAUCAAUGGCAUGAAGGUGCAUAUUGGAAGUGCUGAUAUGUACGACCAAUGGGCACUGCAAACUGGUGAUAACAACUGGAGUUGGAAGGUUGCCGCAGACAUAUUGAAGGAGCUACGUCAAACAAUGAACUUCCGUAUUCCCGACCAACAAGAUGGAUUCAAACCGCACAUCAAAAAGGCCAUGCUUGCCCUUAAUCACACUUUCAACAGUGAUCCAACCCUCACUGGUGACUACCAAGGCUUCUCACCAGAGCAGGCAUUACAAGAACUUGACCCAAAGGAUAACUUGUACCAUCGCCAGACUUCAUACUCUGAGUUUGUUGAGCCGAUGUUGGAGAAGAGAGGUAAUCUUGAGUUGCUACAACGUCACAAGGCAAUGAAGAUUGACUUUGAUUCAAGUGUACCAAAGAAGAAUGCAAAGGGCAUCUAUCUAAAGGAUUUGGAUAAUGAAGGAUCAUAUGUCUUUGUUUCAAUUGCCAAAGAGUUGGUGCUCUCCUUGGGAUCAUACGAUACACCUCUACUUCUUCAAUUCAGUGGCGUUGGUGAUCCCACUCAUCUGACUUCAGUUGGUAUCAAACCGAUUAUCUACUCACCAUUCAUUGGACGCAAUCUUCAAGAUCAUCUACGAUUUACAUACGUUGGAAAGACUGCUGGAUUGGUCUUGCCACCGGUCAAGGGACCAUCCAAGGACAGCCCACCAGGCGGCAGCUUCAACCUGCACUCUCCAUCAAAGGCGGUCAGAUGGCACAACAACAUUGACAUUCUGGCCGCACCAUUGGGCAUCAAGAUGUUCACUUGUGUAUGCGAGGUGUUCCCGUCCAGCACCAAUGGCUCAAUCCGCAUUCAGACGGUGAUCAACGAUGGCGAGUCGUUUGAAGUGCCCGAGCUCGACUUUGAGUACAUCAAGAAUGGCGACAAGGACGAGUCGUUCACAAUGUUGACCGAAGCCUAUGAUGCCUGUCAAAAGAUCCAAGCCAAGUUGGUGGAACAAGGUGUGCUCUUGGGCUUUGGUCAGGACAAAGCAGUGGCAAUGGAUGGCUCUCUGCAUCCUAUCGGCAAGCUAAAGGAUGGUCGUGACGAUAUGAUGUCAACGUUCAAACAAUACGCAGACACUGGCUAUCAUCCAAUUGGCACAUGUCGUAUGGGUAGUGACGAUGACAACACGGCACCAGUUUCAUCACGUCUUCGUCUGAAGGGUACGACCAACAUACGUGUAGUGGAUUCAUCAGUAAUGCCAGAGAUCUCUGGCAAUCCAAACAUACCCACAAUGGUAAUAGCACUACGAGCAUCAAAGUGUAUCAUCGAGGAUAAUGCCAAAUAA